AUGGAUGGAGCUAGGCCCUCACCAUCACCUAUGGUUUCUAAUAAGCCUUUAUCUCUAGAAGAGGGAGAUAUUUUGUCAAAUCCUGAGUUGUAUCGAAGUACCAUUGGUGCUCUUCAAUAUCUUACAUUGACCAGACCUAAUAUUAGUUUUACAGUGAAUAAACUCAGUCAAUUUGUGCAAGCUCCAACAUCUUUACAUUGGGAUGCUUGUAAACGAUUGUUAAGAUACUUAAAAGGCACUGCAACACAUGGCUUGUUCAUCAAGUCAACAAUGAAACUUGUUGUUCAUGGAUUUUCAGACUCAGAUUGGGCAAGUGAUCGAACAGACAGAAGAUCAACAAGUGGUUAUGGAAUUUUUCUAGGUUCAAAUCUUAUUUCAUGGAGGUCCAAGAAGCAGCAAGUUGUAGCUUGUUCAAGCACUGAGGCAGAGUAUAGAGCCCUGGCUCACAUCACCUCAGAACUAUGUUGGUUACAAAACUUGAUCAAGGAGCUGGAACUUCAGUUACCAAUUCCUAUAGUUUGGACUGACAGUCUUAGUGCAGCAGCUUUAGCAGAAAAUCCAGUUCUACAUCAAAGGACCAAACAUAUUGAGAUAGAUAUGCAUUUUGUCAGGGAUAAAGUCUUGGAAAAAUCUCUCCAAAUUCGAUAUGUGCCUACUCGAGAUCAGGUUGCUGAUGUGUUUACAAAGAGUUUAGGAACUUCCAGGUUUCUCUAUCUAAAGAAUAAGCUUGGAGUUGUUCAGACUACUUAA